GUCCACCUUCCUCUCCUCUCCAUCAGUCGGUUUUUUCACGUGUGUGUUGGCGGCUUAACAGACGGACUGUGCGAUACGUGUCGACGCGGAUUAACGACAGCACGUUGUUUGUGUGAUAUGAGACGGUGACCUUCCACAGGGCGCGGAAAUUGGUCUCGUUUUUUUUUUGUAGAAGAUUUAUUGGAACAGGAUGCAUUGUACUUAUCAGAUCCAGGCUACGUCUCCGCAGGCUGCUACUGGUGCGGAAUUUUUGGAGGAUCACCCCAGUUUGAGAGGCACGCCACUGGCCAUGUUGGCCGCUCAAUGCAACAAACUGUCUAGUAAGUCACCUCCACCACUGGCCGACGCAGCCGUCGGCAAGGGUUUCCACCCAUGGAAGAAGAGUCCACAAGGUGCUCCUUCGCCGGGAAGUACCAACGUUUCUGUAGCAAACUCUCUGGCCUCCCAGCGAUCAUCUUCAGGCAACACCUCUUACACCAGCAGAGCAGUGAUGACCUCAUGCGCCAGCGUCCCCACCACUGCUUCAUAUGGAAGUGAUUUGUAUUUUCCUGGAGCCACCACACAACCUUCAGUCGCUGACAACUCUCACAUGCAUCACCACCAGAGCUCGCUUCUUGGCAAAGUUGAAGGAGCAGCUACUGCUCAUCACGCUGCGUUAGGUUCAGUGUACUCCAGGCAUCCAUACGAGUCAUGGCCAUUCAACACGAUGUCCACCGCGACACAUCAUGGUGGUAUUAAAAGUGAUUCUGUCGGUGGUGCGAACGCUUGGUGGGAUGUCCACUCAACAGCCGGUAGUUGGUUAGAUAUGAGUGGCGCAGCUGGUAUGCACGCUCAGAUGGCGGCAGCGAAUUAUUCUUCAGAUUACUCCAGUCUCACACAUUCCCUGGCAGCUUCAAACCAUCUCCUGUCUUCAGGACAACACCUUCUCCAAGACACCUACAAGUCCAUGUUGCCUGGAGCGCAGAGUGUAACAGCAUCUUUUGGUCUACACACAGGACCAGCUUCUUCCCCAACAGGAGGCGCUGGAAGUCUACCUCCACAAGUUCCUUCUCCAAGGUCACAGAGGAGAUAUACCGGUAGGGCAACUUGCGACUGUCCAAACUGCCAAGAAGCCGAGAGGUUAGGUCCAGCCGGUGUUCAUUUGAGGAAGAAGAACAUCCACAGUUGUCACAUACCCGGAUGCGGCAAAGUCUAUGGUAAAACCUCACAUUUGAAGGCUCACUUGAGAUGGCACACUGGUGAAAGACCAUUCGUUUGCAAUUGGUUGUUCUGUGGAAAGAGGUUCACUAGGUCCGAUGAGUUGCAGAGACACCUGAGAACUCACACGGGAGAAAAAAGGUUUGCUUGUCCGAUAUGCAACAAGCGUUUCAUGAGGUCAGACCACCUAGCUAAGCACGUUAAGACCCACAACGGCACUGGCAAGAAGGGAAGUUCAGAGUCUUGCAGUGACUCAGAAGAGAACAGUCAAAGUGAUUUAACGAACAACGUAAACUCUCCUGCUUCUAUGAACCAAACACCUCCACCAUCUUCUAAUAUGGGUCUCGAUAUGGUUACAGGCAUGGACGUGAAAUCACCUGGCUUAGUUUGAGCUAGGUGGGGCCCAGCGCUUUUAUACCCAGGGUUACAUCACUAGCGCAAGGCCCCAUGUGUGAUGUUGUAAAGACUUGUAAAAUAAUUUUUUUAGUCAUUUAAAAUUUUAAAAAAGCUAAAUUUUAUGUGAUUCAAUAUUUCUUUCAAUAGGAAGAUGAAAAUUGUUAUUUGCAUAAAUUGUACUCUGUAAAUACUGUGGAUUAAGAGAAUUAUGCUUGAAAUUUUAUUGUACAUAUUAUAAAUAAUUUUACUCUAUCCCGACAGAAUUUAGGUGAGGAGAAAAUGAUAUAGAUUGCGUUACAUAUCAAUAGGGUCAACCUCCGUUUUGAAUUGAGCAUUGUUAAGCCCAGUUUUCAUUUAUGAACGUGAUAUUACUGUGAAAUACAACCUACUCGUUUGUGUUGCAAAAGAUAAAUGUUUUUCUCUCGCCAAAGAUCUGUUAUAUUGUAAAUUGUGAACAAUAAAUAUAUGUAUAAAUCAUACUAAACGCUUUUGUGACUUGUUGACAUUAAAUAUAAUUUUCGAAUUUGAAAUCAA